AGCCACCAAACUGAACCGGGCGCCGCAGGAUCCCUUCGGUUCCCAGUAGGUGGGGGCCAAAACGGGAAGCGCCUCCCUCUGCAAGGCCAGCCCGGGACUGAAAUAGGAGGGUUGCGAGUCUCACCCCUCUGCAACGAGGGGGCGGGCCGCUCUGGUUCUCGCCCCGGAAGCGGAAGUGCAGGCGCCGCGGGGUCCCGUCCACUGUGAGUGAGCCGGGCCAGCGCUCCAGCGGUUCCGCCAGGUGGUCAUAUAGCGCUUCGCUGCUGCCGGUGUCCCGCUCGCCGGUCCCGCCAUGCUGUCUCUAGACUUUUUGGACGAUGUGCGGCGGAUGAACAAGAGGCAGCUGUAUUAUCAAGUCCUAAAUUUUGGAAUGAUUGUCUCCUCGGCACUAAUGAUCUGGAAGGGGUUAAUGGUAAUAACUGGAAGUGAAAGUCCAAUUGUAGUGGUGCUCAGUGGCAGCAUGGAACCUGCAUUUCAUAGAGGAGAUCUUCUCUUUCUAACAAAUCGAGUUGAAGAUCCCAUACGAGGGGGAGAAAUUGUUGUUUUUAGAAUAGAAGGAAGAGAAAUUCCUAUAGUUCAUCGAGUCUUGAAGAUUCAUGAAAAGCAAAAUGGGCAUAUCAAGUUUUUGACCAAAGGAGAUAAUAAUGCUGUUGAUGACCGAGGCCUCUAUAAACAAGGACAACACUGGCUAGAGAAAAAAGAUGUUGUGGGGAGAGCCAGAGGAUUUUAUCAGGAGAACAGAUCAGUGGAGAACAGGAAUUUUUUGGUCCUUAUAUUGGAAUUGUGACGAUCCUCAUGAAUGACUAUCCUAAAUUUAAGUAUGCAGUACUUUUUUUUGCUGGGUUUAUUCGUGCUGGUUCAUCGUGAGUAAGAAGCCUGCGUUGCUGUUCCUGGGAAGAUGCCGUACUUUUUGUUACUGACCGUUCAGAGUAGCUGUUGGUCUGUGAUUGGUGGAAUGGAGAACACACAUGUUGGCGCUUCUCGGUAGCCCUGGUUUACGUUAGUUUAUGUUUCCACGCCAGAAUCUGUUUGGGCGGGUGCAUGUGCACUAGAGUGCACUCGAGGGGACUUUCAAUCACAGAAUUUCAUAUGUUGUCAUUGUCACACUUUCACAUUUUUGUACAUCAGUGAAUUUUUUAUAUUAAAAGGUUGAGCCAAAGC